AACGAAUCAAAUUUUCUUCAUUGUACACACAGUAGUGCUUUACAUUCAUCCAAAAUGUUCAUUAAGGUCACCUUCCUUUUCGUCGUAGCAAGCUGCAUAUAUUCAGCACAAGGUACCCCCAUUCCCGGUAUCGGCUUCGGAAACAACUUCGGCCAGUUCGGUAACUUCGGCGCUAACGCCCAAGAGAACUUCAGCCAAUCCCAAAUGAACGCCGAAUCUUCGAGCUCAUCAAGCAGCUCCAGCAUUUCAAACGCCGCCGACUUUCAAGUAGGUGGCUUCGGAGGUGCCGCUGGAGGUUUUGGACAAGGAUUCGGCUCCGGCAUCGGACUUCAAGGUGGUGGCUUUAAUGCCGGAGGUUUCGGUGCCAGUGAAAAAUUUCAGGCGUCGCAAAUGAACUCGCAACAGCACAGUUUCGAGAGUAGCAGCAGCAGCAGCGGUUCCCAGUCCAUAGGCGCUGGUCAAUCAUUCGGACAGUUUGGACAAUUAGGAGGUGGUUUUGGUUUCUAAUUUUCUUUUGAAUUUGUAUAAUGAAUUAAAUCAAUUACGAGUUAAUAAACUUAUUAAACAUCUUGGAUAUUGUAACACCAAGAUUUCCAAAUUUUAAUCGUUGUUAUAACAUCUAUGUUGGAUUAUGUUAUAAAACUAACAAUUAAAAUGUUUUACAUUAAAUUUCAAUAAGUUUUUGAGUGCAAGUUUUCCAGUGUGCCUCUUUGCGCCAAUUCGUUUUAUGCGCAUUUAGGUUAGAUUGUUGUUUCAGUUGAACUGAGGCGUGCCUCUAGCCUAUGAGAUAUCUCCAAUCGAUCGAUAUCGAUCGAUAUAUCGGUCCAAUCGAAGUUCCCGAAAAUUGCCGAUUUUUCCGUUUAAAAAAAUUCUUGUUCGUGAAAUGCCGUUAAAGAAAUGUGUAUUUUAAGUUUAAAUUAAUUUGACAAAAUGUUUGUUAUGAGAAAAUUAAACCUUCAAAUUCCUAAUUUCAAUAGUUAACGAAUAUGGGACAAUAUAGGCAAACACGUUUACUAGUGGAGUAAUCUAAUUAUCAAUUAGAAAUAAUUUUAAAAUAUAAUUUGAUAUUACUCUUUCAUGAUACUAGAAAAACAAGAUUGUUACUAAACUUAAAUUUUUAUAAUUUAUGUCAACACUGCAAUAUUUCGGGCUUCGGAUUUGGGAUUAAUUUUAGGUUAUGUCAGUUAUUUAAAAAGCGGGUAUUAUGUUUUUAAAUUCAAAAUGCCCAAAAUAAAAAUUGAUCAUGUUAUCAGCUUUAGCAGCGAAGAUUCAGUCCAUGUCGCCAAUAACAUUCUUCUAGCGGAUCCCGCGAAAAAAUGGAAAUGUUCUAAACCUGGCGAAGUGUCCGCCAACAUUGUACUGCAACUAGAAAAAGCCUACAACAUCACCAGCAUAGACAUAGGCAACGAGAACUCUGCCUAUAUAGAAUUAUUGGUAGCACGAUCAAGCACUAAUGAUGAGUACAAACCUCUGUUGGUUAUGUCAUCAUUUAUGACGCCCCUGGAGGCCAGACAAAACACAAACAUCAACAAAGUUCGUAUGUUUAAACUAGAGGAUCUAAGCAAUCCUGAACGAAAUGAAAAAUGGGAUAGAAUUAAAAUUGUUUGUACACAACCAUUCAACAGACAUGUUCAAUAUGGUGUUUCUUUUAUUAACUUGUACAGCUCAGAAGCAAAAAGUGAGGAGAAUAAGACAGUACAAUCACAGAUGAUUGGGAAAUUUACUCUUAGGCCAGACUCUCCAGACCACAUAUCAACUGGGAGUUUGUUUGCGAAGAGGAAAGAAAUACUCAAAGAUGAGGUCCUGAAAGGUGCUGCAGCUAUUAGAGAAGCAUCUACUUCCAAAACCUUAGCAGAGUAUGGUACACCAACAGUCAAAAAAAAGAUUAAAAUUGUUCCCAACAGCAGUAAAAAGCCAUCCCAGGACACAGAAGACAAACCAAAACCCAGAAACCGAGAUGAGCUCUUGUACAGCAAAGAUGAGGACGAGAAGAAUGAAAAAAUUGAUAAAUUAGUGGCAAUGAAAGCCAAAGAAGAGGAGGAAAAACUUGAACUCAGGGAAAAAGAAAUUGAGGAGAGGAAAAAGAAAGAACAGCGACUUAAAGAAGAGAAAGAACGGGAGAAACGGGCGAAGGCGGCGGAAGAUCGGGAAAAGAAAGCGAAAACAGGCACCCCAAAACAAGAGCGAAAGAAGGAAGGCAAUUCGGACUCGGCAAAGAAGUUGGACACGCCUAGAGAAAGUAACAAAAGAAAACACGACGACAGUGGCUCUAGUAGCGUCAAGAAACAGAAGCCAUCAGUACAAACUAAGCCAUUUGGUAAAUUAUUGGAUGGUGUGACUAUUGUAAUUAGUGGAAUUUUAAACCCUGACAGAGCGAAUUUAAGGACGUCCGCACGAAGUUUGGGGGCGAAGUACAAACCAGAUUGGGACAACAGUUGUACGCAUUUAAUAUGUGCCUAUGCAAAUACACCAAAAUUCAAUCAGGUUAAAGGCAAAGGUAAAAUUGUGACAAGAAAAUGGAUAGAAGACUGCUACAGGGAUAGAAAAAGGUAUCCUUGGAGGAGAUAUGCUUUGGAUAAGGCCGACAAAACUGGGAAUGAAAGUGAGGAUGAAAUCUGGGAAAAAGUUGAUACUCCCCCUGCAUGUCCUAAAGAUGAUGGUGGGGAUACUGAGGAUGAAAUUGAAGCUAUAAUUAAUUCUACAAAGAAAAAACGCAAAGCUAGUACUGACACUGAAGAUGAAAUUGAGGGGAUAAAAAAUUCGGAAACUCCAAAGAAAGAAAAUAACUAAACAAGCAAAAAAUGGGUCAUCAUCCACUUCAUUUCAGAAGGCUGAUUUAAAUGACUCAGAAACUGAUGAUGACUUGCAAAUAAUAUCAAGUAAUGGAAAUAAAGAGGACGACGUUUAUAUUAUUGACACAGACUUAGAAGACAUACCAGAAUUAUCAUCACCAAAUA